AUGAACGACCAAGACUCCAAACCCCGGGUGACCAUCGCCCUAGGGACAACAACAUCAUCUUCCUCAUCCAGCUUCAAAACCAAGAAACCCAGUCGACCAACACAUACCAGGCGACACCGCGCCGGCGCCGGCGCCUCAUGCUCCGAAUCCGAAGAAGACGAUGACGACGAAACCGGCGGUGGUGCACAACGCAGUAGCGGUGGUCGCGUCCAAGUAAUUACCGAAAUAUCAACCUAUGGCGAUGACGACGACAACGACCGUUCCUCCAAAACUCGGGAUCGUUCAGAUCGAGAUCGCAACCGAGACCGUAGCAGAGAUAGGCACAGGGAUGGGGGCGACAGAGACCGUGAUCACAGGAGAGACAGGUCCAGAAAAAGGUCAAUGGAUAGAUCGGGAGACAGGAACAGAGACAGAGACAGAGACUCCCGUCGACGACACUCAAGAUCUCGCUCCCGGGACCGCAAACCAAGAGAAUCACAAAACACCAAAGACCCAGAACCCGCUGCUGCUCCUCCCCAAAAAUGGGGUCUAACAAUCAAUCCAAAAUCCUCUUCUACCAGCAAACCCCAUCAACCCCCAACCUCACGGAACUCACGUCCCCGUUCCCCCUCCCCAAACCCAGAAAAAGAAGACCAAAACCCCCAAACACUAGAAGAACAAGCCCUCUCCUCCCUCCUCGACCUAGAUAACAAGGGUCCCUCCUCAAAAAGAAAACGUUCUCCUUCUUCCGGUAGCGAUUGCGAUCGCGACCGCUCCCCAGACCAUUCCGACUACCGCGCCAUUCCCAUCGACGACUUCGGCGCCACUUUACUCAAACAAUUUGGUUGGGACGGCAAGAUGCGGGGGAAAGUGAAGGAAGUUUCGCACAAGCACGCGAAUUUGGCCGGGCUGGGAGCCAAGGACGCCAAAGGGGCCGAGGAGCUGGAUGCUUGGAACCAGAAGAUUAGUGGACGGGGCGGAGACUCAAGAGGGAGGCCUGUUAGGCUGGAGGAUUACAGGCGGGAGGAGAGCAAGAAGAAGCAGAGGACCGAGUAUCGACAUGGGGAAAGCAGUUAUAAGCAGGAGAGGGAACGGGAGAGGGAGAGGGAAAGGGAAAGGAGGGAGGAUAGGUGA